AUGGAUAGGGAGGUAGAGCUUAAUUAUUCCGAGGUUGUUGACAAGCUAGAGAGGCGGUUCGGGUACCGUGACUUGCCAGAGACGGCAAGGGUAACUUUCUCCAGUGCUAGACAGGGAGAUGAUGAAUCGGUCGAUGACUGGGCUGACAGGGUGUUGACCCUUGCAGGCAAAGCGUAUAGGGACCUGCCCAAGGCGUACAUGUUGCAAGAGUCCAUAUUAAGAUUCUGCAUGGGUGCUAGGGAUAAAGAAGCGGGCGAGCUAGUUAUUAAUCAGAGGCCCGCGUCUAUCGAGCAAGCUUUUGACAAGCUUAAGUGGGCUGUUCACACCCACGGAUUAAUGUAUGGCCGAGUGAAAGCGGUCAAAAAAGUAGAAUGUGAAGGGCAAAUGGAGGUUUCCGAGGUCAAGGUUGCACCGCAGUAUAGGCUAGUUGAUAGGAUGGUUGCCAUUGAGAAGAAAAAUGAAUUAAUGGAUGAGAAGAUGAAUGUUUUGAUGGGAAAGCUUGACCAACUUCUGGCAAGGCCCGUCAGAAGCUCAUCUCCCUCUCCAUCUAGGAGGCAAUGUUACAAUUGCAACGAGUUGGGACAUUUCAAACGAGAUUUUCCUAAGCUUAGGAGCAGGACACCGUCUCCAGCUAGGAAUGACACGUGUUAA